AUGUCUCCCGCCGAGAGUCCCGUCACCCAGUUGACACACCAGGAACUUGACCAGACCCAAAAAUACGUCAUCGCAAGCUUUGCAGCCAUAGUCUGGUACAACUCGAUUGAGCUAAUAGCACUGUGUCUAACGACGUUCAAGCGAUACAGGGGCUGGUACUUCUGGAGCUUGUUCAUCGCGUCCUGUAGCCUCAUUCCGCAUGGCCUAGGCUUCAUCUUUUUUAUUUAUCCCCUUGGAGUCAGCGCUUAUAUUUCCGUCACAUUGAUUAUUGUCAGCUGGGUCUGUAUGGUAACAGGACAUUCGCUUAUCCUCUGGUCGCGUCUACAUCUGGUCGUGCAGGCACGCAAGCUUCUCCGGUUCCUUCUGGUGAUGAUUCUGGUCGAUGCCAUUGCAUUUCACACCCCUACCAUUGUUCUCUUGUAUGGGGCACUCGAGCCUAACCGAGAUCGGUUUGCGAAUGGAUACAAAGCAAUGGAACAUAUCCAGCUCAUUGGCUUCGCUGUGCAAGAAUGCGUCAUCUCCUCCAUAUACAUAUGGGAAACAUCGAAAUUACUACGGCUGCGACCAGAUCGCCUGCACUAUACAAUUCUCACGCAACUUUUGGGCAUCAAUAUCAUCAUUUUAAUCCUCGACGUGGCCGUGGUAGGGAUUGAGUAUGCAAAUUUCUACGCUCUGCAGGUGAUGUUUAAACCGGUUGCAUACAGCAUCAAGUUCAAAUUGGAAUAUGCCAUCCUGGGGAAAUUGAUCCAAAUCGCGAGGGUAUCCUUAUCGAGCGAUGAGCCGUUAUCCUCCAAUUCACAAGGGGCCGAUCUCUCUUCCUCUACCCAGGUCAGCUCACAGAGACAGAGGAAUGUUGCUCCUGAUCAUGAGAUUCCUGUUCUCCGUUCGUGCUCGUUCUGUGCCUUCUGUACGGGCUUUCGGAAGCAUGGGCGGCAUCGGUCGCGUGUGUGA